GAACGAAGCUGGAGGGAGUGGAAGCACACUAGAGUUGCCAGACGAGUUUCUGCCGAGGCAGGACGAGCUCACUUUCAAGUCUCUCUUUCUCUCCGACGAGAGGCUUCGUUCGCUUCGUCUCUGUGUACUUGCAAGAAGAUUGUUUCACACGAGAGACAGCAGUGAUACAGAAGUGCAGUGCGGAGAAAUUGACAUUUACUCAUUUAUUCGAGCGUACGAUUCGUAUCGAUAUUUGAUUGGUUCAGAUCAGAUUGUUUGUAGAAAUAUCAUACUUGAUAUUGCGGAUCAAUGGUGUGUAUGAAAAGUGAAAGUUUAUGAGAGAAACAAGUGCGUAUUAUCAAGGAAAAGGGAAUUGCAGUUUGCGUUAAAAAUGAAUAAACUGUGAAUGUAUAGAAUUCGAUGACAGUGAAAUAGAGAAGCAAGGCAAGAAGUUGCUACACCUGCCGCAGUGGAUCUCGCGGCGCCACUCACGUGUUGCAUGCGUGCCAUGGUUAUCCAUCAUGGUCGCGGGCUAGGAACAGCUCCGAUUGGUCGGUUUUGUGGUCACGUGGUAUGGUAAUUGGGCUCCGGUGGGCGGGAAGGAGCGAACGAGGUCGUGGAGGAUCGCGAAAGUGGCGGAAGGAGAAGAGAGAAUAAGCAGCUGUCCACCGGGAGUCCUGUGCUCGUUGUAGCCCCGCUCUUUCCAUUUCUUUUCUCUUUUUCUCCCUCUCCUUCUUUCUCUCUUUUUCCUCCUUUCGAGAAAACGUCACCCCUUUUCGCAAGAGGCGGCGAGGUGUGGACGAUGGACCACAGCGCAGUGCGGUGCAGUGUCAGCUUGUGAGAAUGAUGAAUAUUAAUAUGAAAUGGUGCAUCGAAUCUGACGAACUGAUGCGGAGAGUCAGAUAAGAAGGCAGAAUCGCGAAGUGCGGUCGUUUCAGAUUUUUCCGAACUAUCGUGCGCGUGUGUGUGUUUUCCGCGAGAAAGUGCCCGACGAAUAUGAGUUCCUUCCUGAUGAAUCCGUCCGCCGCUGGUGGAUAUCAUCACCAUCAUCAGCAUCAGCAGCAGGCUGGAAAUCAUCACUUAGCCACCACUUCCGUCAUGGUCGAUCCCAAGUUUCCUCCUAGCGAAGAGUACAGCCAGAGUAAUUAUAUACCUUCGACCGGCGCGGACUUCUUCUCGAGCGGUAGCAGCGGUCACCACUUGAGCCAUCCGCAAUCUCAGCUACAGUACGGCUAUCAUCAGCAUCAUCAUCAGGCGGCAUCGACUCCUUACGGAGCUUCCUCGGCGGUACAAUUGAACGGAGGAUACGCGGGAUACGGCGGAUAUUACGGCCCUCAUCAUCCUCAUCACCAAGUGCACACGGUACACCAUCCCAGUCUGCAUCCUCAUCAUCACGCGGUGGGUGCUUUAGCGAUGCCGCCGGAAGCCCAGCAGCCGCCGCUCACGUGUCCGUCGUCGAUACAAAGUCAGCAGCAGCAACAGCAGCAACCGCAACACCAGCAACCAUCUGUACCUACGUCAACGAUUCUCGGAUCCACGCCUCUGUCGCCGUCUAUAAUGCAGAAUCACGUGCAACAGCCGGAUACCCUCCAGCAUCAUCAACAACAACACGAGAACAAUGCCUGCAGUCCGGCCGGCUCGGGUCAGUUGCACCGGGAUAAUUCGCCCGAUCUUCAGACGCAACAGUCAUUGUCUCAGCAAUCUCAACAUAUACAGGGUGGCCAACAGACCCCUCAACAACAACAACAGCAGCAACAUCAUGUGGAGGAUAGCUCGGAUCCAGAUGACAUAGAAGACGGUCAGAUGGAGAGUUCGCCGGGUAUAAUGGAGGAAGAAGAGGAAGAUGACGAGAACAGAGAACGCACUAUUUAUCCAUGGAUGAAAAAGAUUCAUGUUGCGGGCGUCGCGAACGGCUCGUAUACACCUGGAAUGGAGCCAAAGCGACAGAGAACUGCCUACACGAGGCAUCAGAUACUCGAACUGGAAAAGGAAUUCCACUUCAAUAGGUACCUGACGAGACGACGACGAAUCGAGAUUGCUCAUAACCUGGUCUUGUCGGAGCGACAGAUCAAAAUCUGGUUUCAGAACCGCCGUAUGAAAUGGAAGAAAGACAACAAGCUGCCAAAUACGAAGAACGUGCGCAGGAAGAACGCAAACGGCCAGGCACCGCCAGCAACGGCGAAGCCGGCGAAGACGUCGGGGACACGAGCAAAGUCCGGCACGGGUAACAAUAACAGCCAAAGGAAAAACAACAACUCACCCUCUAGCGGUAUGGAGAAUAGUCUGGACUCGAACAUCGGUCACGAUAUGGGCGAAGUUCAUGGGGUCAGCACCACUCUUCCUCCUCCCGUGGUUCACCCGAGCUUUCAAGGUCACCCUCAUUCUCUGGCUCAUCUCCAAGCGCAGCUGAGUCAUCAUCACGUGGGUGGAAUGAUGGACGGUCCGACGGGAGGACCGUUGGGACACAUAAGUUCCGGAAGUAUCAGUCCACUCGCUCCGGCUACCAGCCCUCCUGGAUUGUCGCAAGUAUCAGCUCCUGUACCGCCAUCGGGGAUAAAAUCCGAUUACGGUCUUACGCCUCUGUAACAUCCAUUCCGGAAGAUAUAUUCGAUGAUGUAACAUUUUCGAUAUUACACUGCUAUCCGCUGUCUUUUGUGUUCGAUCGGAUAUUUAUUGCAAAUGGUAUAAACGUAGUUUGAAUUCUUCUCAUUAGAUGGUGUGAACGAGAAAAAUGAUGAGGCGUUAUUAUUUUUACAUAAUUUAUUACAAUGAUUUAUUACAAUGGUUUAUUACAAUGAUGAUCCGUUAAUUUUGAUCUAAACUGCUAAGUUCAAAAUAGCCAAACUUUAAAGUUUAGUUGAGGCUAUUUUAAAGGAAAAAUAUAAGAAUAAUAUCUGAUUUUUCGUUACAAUGAGGAAAAUUUCUUUAAUUUUUGAAAACCAUGGAAGCUAGAUUUGAGAAAAACUUAUCGUAGCUGAGUAAAAAAGGGAACACAAUUCUACAGCAAAAGAAAUAAGGUAAUAAUGUCCGGAUGCAGUAUAGAAUAUAUAAGAGCGUCGUAUCUUAGACUGUUAACAAUAAAUUUGAUUAUCAAAAUGAAAAGAAAUUUUAUUCUUCCA